ACAGUUUGCAUCACUUUACAUUAUUUUCGUAUCAGUUCUUUUUAUGAGAUAUUUUAGACUUUCAGAUCCGAAACAUACAUAACAGAGUUUUAGGCUAUAUUUAGACAGAAUUCUAACAAAUGUUUUAGUAGUCUUCUCCCUAAUUAAUUUAUGCUACUGUUUUUGCAUACUUAAUGUGGAGUAUUACAUAAGGGAGCAGUUUGCUUAAGAGAACAUGCUCUCACAUUCUCAAUUUUCUCCCCUAUUUUUUUACAUUAGUGGGACUCCUGUUAAUAGAGCAUGGGAUGGUAAAGCAGUCUAUUUAAAUAAGUGCUGAGCUGGCAGUAUUUUUGGGGUUGCAGAAUUAUAGGGAGGCGCUACUAUAAUGAAGAUUUAUGAGGGGUCUGUCUUUAAUCUUGCAGCAUGUUGCUGUUGGGACAUGUGGUGAUGGGACUUGUUACAUUAUGGUAUAUGUUAAGUGGAGAUUUGGUAAAACUUUACAUUGGCCAGUUGUUUAAUUAAUAAAUGGACAACCAAAAGAUUUUCACAGAAUUAAAAUGAAUGCACAAAUAAGAAGCAAUUAUGUAUUAAAAAGGAAAUGAAUGAGGAUAUCUCAAGAAGAGGUUAUAUCAAAAAAAUUACAGACAGAGGUCAAAUACCUGAAGGUGGUAUACGUUUGACUGAGAAAGAGGCAUUGAAAACACAACUAGAUUUAUUAUAUAAUUGGAAAAACAAAAGUGAAAUUUGGCCCUUUGAAUUUGGACAUUUUGUUUUGGCAGCUGCAGCAGGACUUGGUGGAUUGGGAUUUAAUUUUUUUUAUAGACAAAAACUUAAUUUAGGAUCUCUGGCUAGAGCCAGUACUUAUAUGCCAGCUGUUGCACUACCAGCUAUAAUUGCACCAAUGUGCCAUUCAAUAUUUAUAAGUUCUGAUGUUGUUAUUCAGAAAUCAUCUUGUGCUUUGUGCGUUGAAAUUCGCAGUUCAGUUUUACAAGGAGUUUGUGGUGUGAUUUAUCCUAUGCUCUUAGUACCAAUUUCAUCCUUUCAUUAUGCUAAUAAAUAUUAUACUUAUGCUAUUCCUCCUAUGAAAACUAAUUUUAAAGAUAUUAUAAAAUUAUGGUGGAAAUUAACAAAGCCAGUAGUUUUUCCUCAUUCAGUACUACUAUUUAUGUUUCAAGCUGCUAUAAGUACAUAUAUUACUCGAAAAGAAGCAGAAGUGAUCCAAAAAAUUAAUGAUAGUAAAAGUAGUUCAGUUGAAUUGUUAUAAUUGACAUUACAUAAGUAAUGAAUAGGUUAAUAAAUGUAAAUUAGAUAUAUAUUAUAAUUUUAAAAAAUAAAAUGUUUUGAAAUGA